AUGGUCGAACUCGAAUAUACGCCAUGCGAUGCUAUUCCCUCUGUCGUACAUGAAUUGCAGCAUUCUUUCAACGUCGGCUUGACAAGAGACUUGAGCUUUCGCAAAAAACAACUCCAAAACCUAAAGCGAUUUUGCGAAGAACAAAAGAGUGCUAUGCAGGAUGCCAUGUAUGCCGAUCUCCACAAGCAUAAAAUUGAAUCAGCAGUCGCCGAGAUUGCACUCGUACACGAUGAAUGCAAAUACAUGCUUUCGAACCUUGAUCGACUCGCCAAACCUACUCCCACCAAAAAGCGCUUUCAAAUGAAUCGAUUCGAUAAAACCUACGUUCGUAAAGAGCCAAAAGGUGUUGUCACUGUCAUUGGUGCUUGGAAUUACCCGAUCAAUUUGCUUUUGAUUCCCCUUGUUGGCGCCAUUGCAGCUGGUUGUUGCGUUGUGAUCAAGCCAUCCGAGGUUGCAGUCAACACAGCCAAUGUGAUCACCAAAGAGCUUCCAAAGUACCUUGACAAGCGUGCCUACACCAUUGUAAAUGGUGGUCCCGCCGAGACAACUGUACUUUUAGAACAAAAGUUGGGCCAUAUCUUUUAUACUGGCAAUGGCACUGUUGGCAAGAUUAUCAUGACAGCUGCUGCCAAGACCUUGACUCCCGUCACCUUGGAAUUGGGUGGAAAGUCGCCUGCUUUCAUCGCACCCGAUGCCGAUUUCGAGUUGACUGCUCGACGUCUUUUGUGGGGCAAGUUCUAUAACGCUGGUCAGACUUGCGUUGCACCUGAUUAUGUGAUGGUCUCCAAGGAUCAACAAGAACGCUUUUUAACUGUUCUUCGCAAGGUCGUUCGCGAAUUUUACACCGAUGAUCCCCAAAAGAGCAACUCGUAUGGCCGCAUCAUCAACACUCGCCAAUUCGAUCGACUCAAGGGCAUCCUAGACGCUUGUGAUCCCAAUUCGAUUGUGACAGGCGGCGCCACUAACCGAGAAGACCUGUAUAUUGCACCCACUAUCGUCAAAGAUGUGACCAACGAUUCUCCUUUGAUGAAGGAUGAGCUAUUUGGUCCCAUUCUCCCUGUGGUGCCUGUCAAGGACAUGGAUGAAGCUAUUGUCAUUGUCAACUCUCGUGAUCAUCCUUUGGCAUUGUACGUCUUUACAAAGUCGAGCACGACUUACAACCAUAUUCUUGAUAAUUGCAACUCUGGCGGUGUUCUUGUCAAUGACACAUUGAUGCAUUUGGCGGAGACCUCGCUUCCUUUUGGCGGCGUUGGCGGUUCUGGAAUGGGCAACUACCAUGGCGACAAGUCGUUUGAUGCAUUCACCCAUCAUCGCGCUACUAUGAUCAAAUCGACGCAAUUUGACAGCUUGCUUGCAACACGCUAUCCUCCUUACACGGCUGAUAAAGAAUACAUUAUGAACAUUAUGGUUUAUGGCUUGCCAUCGUCCAUCGGUGGAAAGAUCAAGACCGUAUUCCGAGCAUGCUCAACAGCAUACCGCGUCUUUUUCCGCCGUCAGCAGACUAUUGCUUAA